GACCUUGAGGAUUUGAAGCGUUGCCGUCAACUACAGGGUUUUUUUUUGGCACAGUUUGUUUGAUUACGUUUUUUUAGGGUUUUGAAGUUUGAGAUUGUUUGGGGAAGAAGAACAAAUGACUGCUAUUGUUGGAUUUGACCAUUUUUCGAAAGCACUCAUCGAUGCUGGAAAGAAUCUUCUUAGCCCUCCUUCUUCAACUGACGACCUUCUUACUCUUCUCGAUGAAACUGAGUCUCUGCUUAAAAAUGUGGAGCAAGAUCAACCAUUAUCAAUGCAAAGCGCCCUAAUUCCAUCGAGGAAUGCUUUGGUAUCUGUUGACCUUUUAAGCCAUCCUGAUUCUGAUGUUAGGGUUUCAGUUGUCUCUUGCUUAACCGAGAUUGUGAGGAUUACUGCCCCUGAAGCCCCUUACAGUGAUGAUCUAAUGAAGGAUAUCUUCAGGUUGACAAUAGAAGCUUUCGAGAAAUUAGCUGAUGCGUCCUCCCGCAGUUAUAGGAAAGCCGAGUUUGUGCUUGAUAAUGUUGCAAAGGUCAAAUCGUGUUUGGUGAUGUUGGACUUGGAAUGCUAUGACCUCAUUCAACAAAUGUUUCGGAACUUCUUGAAAAUCAUAAGAUCUGAUCAUCCUCAAGUGGUAUUUUCGUCAAUGGAAAUGAUAAUGAUUGCAAUAAUAGAUGAAACCGAAGAAGUGUCCACGGAUUUGCUUGAUAGUCUCUUAUCAAGUGUCAAAAAGGAAAAUCAGAAUGUUUCACCAAUGUCUUGGAGUCUUGCGGAGAAGGUUCUUAGUAGAUGUGCACGUAAACUUAAACCAUACAUCAUCGAAGCUUUGAAGUCUACAGGGACCAGCAUGGAUAUGUAUUCUCCAGUAGUUUCGUCCAUAUGCCAGAGUGUUUUUGACACUACUAAAGUCCACAAUAUAAUUAACACCAAAGAACAUGAGGGGAAAUUGGAUUUGGGGCAUUCUGGCAAGGAGAAUCUUUCUAAAAGUAGUUCCAAGAGACCUGCAAGAGAUGGAACUCAACGAAUCAAUGAAAAGGAAAAAGUUAGAAACGGAAACAAUUCUAGUUUGUUGAAACAGAGUCUGAAGCAAGUGCGGUCUGCAAGUACAGAUGCAGAAACAGAAUUAGGAAUUACAGGGAAGAGAGGACGGAAACCCAAUUCUUUAAUGAAUCCUGAGGAUUAUGACAUUUCUUGGCUUUCGGGAAAAAGAGAUCCUUUAAAGACGUCUUCAAACAAAAAGAUCCAGAGAAAAGGAUCUGGGGGAGAAUCAUCACUUGGAAAGGUGGCUGCCAAGAAAACACCUUUGCCUAAAGAAACUUCCCCAGCCACUAGUAGUAGGGCUCUGACGGGGUCACUUAAACGAAGCCGGGUUAAGAUGGAUGUGAGUGACUAUGAUUCUGAUUCUCUUUCUUCACCGAGAUUGAAGAAAUUGGCAUCAUGCUUCCGGGAUGAAGAAGAAUCAAACCAAGAAGAAGAUGACAGAAAGAUUGGAAACUCCAGCAAAAAGACUAGGUCCCAAAAUGGUUUAGAGAAGAGUCAGAAAACAGCCAAGAAGAAGCCAGUUGUAGAAGCUAAGACUGUAAACUCCAGUGGAAAGAGACUAUCAGCUCGCUCGGUUGCUAAGAGAAAGAAUUUAGAACGUGCACCCCUAGAUACUCCUGUUCCAAAAUCAUCUAAGAGAAAGAAGAUGGUUUCUCAAGUUGCAGCUAGACAAUUGGCAGACGAAUCUGAAGAAACUCCAAAGAGCCAUCCGACAAGGAGACGGACAGCGAGAAAAGAAGUGGAGUCUGAUAUGAAUGGCUUUGGCGAGGAUUUGGUCGGUAAGAGAGUCAAUAUCUGGUGGCCGCUCGACAAGAGAUUUUAUGAAGGCGUCAUAGAUUCUUAUUGUACUCGUAAGAAGAUGCAUCGGGUAAUAUAUUCUGAUGGAGAUUCAGAAGAGCUUAAUCUCAUUGAAGAACGCUGGGAGUUGCUCGAGGAUGACACUUCUGCCGAUGAGGAUAAGGAGAUUGAUCUGCCAGAGUCCAUUCCUUUAUCUGACAUAAUGCAGAGGCAGAGAGUCAAGAAAAGCAAAAACGUGGCAGUGUCUGUGGAACCGAGUAGUUCCUCAGGUGUAAGAUCCUCAAGUAGAACACCUAUGAAGAAGGAUUGUGGCAAAAAGUUGAAUAAACAAGUUGAAAAAACAAGAGAAGGAAAGAAUCUUAGAUCGUUAAAAGAGUUGAAUGCUGAAACUGACAGGACAGCAGAAGAGCAGGAAGUGAGUCUAGAAGCUGAAUCUGAUGACAGAAGAGAGGAGGAUUUCGAAGAUGAUAGUAGCGAGAAGCAAGAACAAUCCGAAGACAAAGGUGUAGAAGCUGAAACUAAGGAAGAAGAGAAACAAUAUCCAAAUUCAGAGGUUGAGAGUGAAGGAGAGGACUCAGAGUCAGAGGAAGAGCCGAAGUGGAGAGAAACAGAUGAUAUGGAGGAUGAUGAAGCAGAAGAAGAGAGAGAAGAGGUAGAUAAUAUGGACGAUGAUGAAGCAGAAGAAGAGAGAGAAGAGGUUGAUGAUAAAGGGGCAAGCACAAACUUGUCUGAGGUUGAGAAAGAAGAAGAUGAAGACGAAGAGAAGAGAGAGUCAUGAAGGAGUUAUAUAGAGUUAAAGCGUUGUAAGCAAAAACCAUUUCAGAAAGAUUCUUUCUGCUUAGACGCUCUGGUUUUUCUUUCUUAGUAGAUUUGUUGUUAUUGAACCAAAUUAUAGAAGAUGUCACCUGGUUUGUGUUUGUGUCUUGAGAGUUUGUCACAUUUGUAAUUCAUUUUCGUUGUUACAUACUAUAAAGUAUAAACCAUGUU